AUGGGAGGAAAGUCAUUUCAAACAGAAAUGGAAGUAACUGGAAGAAUUUCGGUGGAACCAACUGAUGAUAGUUCACGACUUAAGUCUGUAAGUACUGAAGAUAUGCAAAAGGAACUUACUAAGCUUAAAGAUGAUCAAAAACAACAUGCCGUAACAGAUACUUUGGCUGCAUUAGUAUACGAUAUUGAUGCUACCGCGGAAGUAUUACGACGUGGUUCACUGAAAAAGAAGCAAACCACGGGAGGAGAAGUAAUCACUGGAUAUAAUUUACGUAUUACACCUGGGCCAGAUGAGGAAAUACCUAUCCCAUCACCAAAACAACAUCAUGCAACAGAAAAUAGUUUCACUUUGGAAAGAGUUUCGCGAGAUUAUGGUGUUGACAUUUCCGAAUCACAAAUGUAA